UGACUCAAACUCAGACUCAGUCUCAGUCUCAGACUCAGGCUAUGCUGAGACUAUUUUGAUUUUGGUAUUCACUAACGAUUUUAGACUCAGACUCAGCUGAGAAUACUUUAUGUCGAUGAUGCAAGCGGUAUUUUUCCAUGAUUACGUCAGCAGGUGCUCGCACGCGCCGUUACAUCACUGACAGACGGAUAAUGGACUCGACAGCCAUCAACAAAGUCAGUGGGCUGCGGCAUCCACCAACAGGAGGGGGCCCAUCGGCUGUAUUGUCCGUGGCAGAGUCGUGUGUGGCAGACCAUCUUGCCACACACGAAGUUGUCACGGGCAUUGGCGGAGGAUUUGAUUCAGAUGACCUUGAACAAAUUUUUCGGGCCUCGAAACCGGCCUCAAUGAUCAUGGCAGAUGAGCCAACGUCUGAGGCCACUAUCCCACGAACAUCAGGAGUGAUCCAUUUCUAA